ACUAAGCUCUCCUAUGAGCUGUUCAAUUGGAUGAUAGACAAUAUACGAUAGUUAUAUCUCUUAUCGUUCAAUGGCAAGAUCCGAAUGGGGAAUGCUCCUAUGAUAGGUACGUUAUCUUUCCUCCUUUCCUCAUUGCACUUGGUUGCGUUGCAUGCUGUUAUGUUAUAUAACUGCUCGGUAAUUCAUACCAAUUCCGAUUUCAGGGUUGGAUGUGCAUACAUUGACUGGUCCCUCACGGUAUCAAUCGGUUUAUAUAAGGAAAUCACCACAGCCUAAACAGAUUUCGCGACGAAAGCUAGAAUUCAUACCCUACCCUCAAAAUUCAAUCCUUAACCUUUCAACAAUAUGUCCAAUACCCUUCACAGGAUAAGCUCAGGUGUUCUUGCCGGACUACAAUUUCACUAUGACGAAGAAAGGAUUUCAAAUGGGAACAAUAGGAUGAGUACUAGAGUAUCUAAUGAAGUCCAGAUCCAUGAUGAAGAAAAGAUAUCCAAGUCUCAUUCCGGUGAUACUAUUACUUCAACUGGCUUUGACAACGCUGCAAUAAAGAAGCUGGUCAAGAAGCUUGAUCUCCGCCUCAUGCCAAUCCUUGCUACAAUUUAUCUGUAUGGCUGCUUAUUGGUAUGUCUAUAAUUGCUAACACUAAUCAGGGUCUGCUUUCUCGAUCGUACCAACGUUGGAAAUGCACGACUCGAAGGACUGGAAAAGGAUCUUCAUAUGGCUGGUCUCGACUAUAACAUUGCUCUAUCUGUGUUCUUCCCUUUCUACGUUGCUGUAGGGGUUCCUAGCAAUAUGAUAAUUAAAAAAAUUCGUCCGAAUAUCUGGUUGACAGGCAUCGUGUUGUUUUGGUCCGUUGUUAUGGUUUGCCAGGGUCUGGUACAUGACUUUGCCGGAUUGCUUGUUGCCAGAUGCUUCUUAGGCAUUGCGGAAGGUGGUUUAUAUCCUGGUGUGGUCUACUAUAUCACGAUGUGGUAUCCUCGACAUGAAUGUGGUUUCCGUAUGGCAUUAUUUUUUGCUAUGGCUACAGCCGCAGGUGCAUUUGGUGGGCUAUUUGCUCGUGGAAUUUCGGAAAUAUCUGGAGUAGGUGGUAAAGGUGGAUGGUCAUGGAUCUUCAUUAUCGAAGGUCUUCUUACAUUUUGCAUUGGCUGUAUAUCGUAUUGGGCGAUUGGAGACUAUCCGGAUAAGUAUGUUUUCAUGUCUUCCUUUACAUAUAUGUCGCUAUGUAUGAGCUUACUUUACCAUAGGGCAAAGUUUCUCUCCGACCUAGAGCGAAAAGAGGUCUUGACGCGACUUGUGAACGAUCGGAACCUUCUUUCGGAUGAUUGGAAUUCAAAAUACGUGUGGCAAGCAUUGAAAGAUUGGAAAAUAUAUGUCAAAAUGAUCAUAUCUUUCUGCAUGGUCACGCCACUGUAUUCAUUAUCUUUGUUUCUACCCACUAUCGUUAAAGAUAUGGGCUAUACCAGUAAUGAGGCCCAGCUCAUGACCGUUCCACCUUACAUUUUUGCCUGUUUCUUCACAAUAUCAGUCAGCUUCAUUGCCGACAAAGUGCAAAAAAGAGGAAUCUUUAUCCUCGGAUUUUUAGCUGUGGCUAUGACGGGGUCCGCGCUACUUAUCUCAAGUCAUGAAACACCUGUUCAGUACACUGGCGCUUUCCUUGCGGCCAUCGGUAUGUAAAACAUAUGCUCACCAUAUUCAAACACAUAGUGAUGGUAAUAAUCAUGUAGGCGUGUUCCCAACUACUCCAUUGAUGACCGCCUGGGUAGGAAACAAUUUAAGCGGGAGUUUAAAAAGAGGAGUUGGUUUCGGCAUGGUUGCUGGUUUCGCCAACUUUGGGGGUAUUGUGGCAGCUUUUAUCUAUCGUCCCGUGGACAGUCCUAGGUAAGAUCUAAACCCCUUCAAUGCAAUUUUCCUAUCAGCAUUGCUAGUUCGCUGAAGAUCGGUACUUACUACCUCUUGAUUUCAGGUUCAUUGAAGGACAUUCGAUUUUUCUCGGGAUGUUAUCCAUUGCUUUCAUUCUGACAGCUCUCAUGAUGAGUUAUUACAAAUGGGAAAAUUCGCGAAGGGAUGCUCGAGAUGCGGAGAGAGGGCUUACGGUGGAUACUUAUACACCUGAAAUGAAGCUUGAACAACAACACGAGGGAGAUGACGCAACUUUCUGGAGAUAUACUAUAUGAUUUGCGGAAAGAAUAGUCUGUCAGGUCCUGGAAGUUUGCCGUUACCGAUCGAGGAAACAUGUCUAUUCGACGUGAAAUGAUACCUUAUUACUCCUCUCUCCAUUUGAAUAUCCCUUCGUCUUUCUCAAUGGAUGGGUGUCCAGCAGUUUUACGUUACAUGUUCCA